GCCCCCGUCCUCUCCCCCGGGUGCCUGGUUAGAGGGGGAAGGGCUAGAGGUGGAGCCUCCGGCUGGGGCCUGACUGGGACGCGGGCAGGCGCUGUUUCGCGGGCGGCGGCGCUCCCAAAAUGUCGCAGACGGCCAUGUCCGAGACCUACGAUUUCUUGUUUAAGUUUUUGGUAAUUGGAAAUGCUGGAACCGGCAAAUCUUGUUUACUUCAUCAAUUCAUUGAGAAGAAAUUCAAAGAUGACUCAAAUCACACUAUAGGAGUGGAGUUUGGUUCAAAGAUAAUAAAUGUUGGAGGCAAAUAUGUAAAACUACAGAUAUGGGAUACAGCUGGACAAGAACGAUUCAGGUCUGUAACACGAAGCUAUUACAGAGGUGCUGCAGGUGCUUUACUUGUUUAUGACAUCACCAGUCGAGAAACCUACAAUGCACUUACCAACUGGCUGACAGAUGCAAGGAUGUUAGCAAGUCAGAAUAUUGUAAUAAUAUUAUGUGGGAACAAAAAGGAUCUUGAUGGAGAUAGGGAAGUCACUUUCCUAGAAGCAUCCAGGUUUGCUCAAGAAAAUGAGCUGAUGUUUUUGGAAACAAGUGCAUUGACAGGGGAGAAUGUUGAAGAAGCCUUUGUACAAUGUGCAAGAAAGAUACUUAAUAAGAUUGAGUCAGGUGAACUGGAUCCUGAAAGGAUGGGCUCAGGAAUUCAGUAUGGAGAUGCUGCUUUGAGACAGUUAAGAUCUCCACGGAGAGCACAGGCUCAGAGUGUUCAAGAAUGUGGCUGUUAAAAGCAAGCAACAAAGAAACUUCUUGUUUUAUGGGGGGGAAAAGCUCUCCUUUCAGAUGUUUAAUGAAAAACUGCCAUUGCUGCAAGGCUCUGCAUUUUUAGAACUCCUUUUUGAUUCAGCAAAACAGAACAUAUGGUAUUUUUUAAAAAAAAAGUACAGUGGAAUGGCAGAAUGAGACUGCAAAAAAGAACAUUUGGUAAUACAAUGGACAAUACUGAGAUUUAAAAUACCUGUACGUAAAUAUUUUCUGUUACAUAUUUGUGUUUCUUAUUGUUACUUAAAAACACUGGUGUAUCACAUGUAUAUACAAUGUUGUCAUUAAAUUUCCAAAGCAUGAUAUACUGACAUGAUAUUGCACUAACACUGUUUUUUUUUAAUUAACUAAAAUUUUAACUCUGGUAGGCAUUAUCAUGUUUCAGGGUUUGUUUGUUUUUUUUUACAAAAGCUUCUAUUUAUGAGUUGACAUUGAAAGCUACUGGCAUUGACUGUCAGUGUUUUAUUUGCCACUUUCUACAGGGGCUUACCUGAACUAUUUUUUGAAAAUUGUUAGGUCAUAUGUUUACUAAUCUGCAUACUGAAAAAAAAAAUUUUUUUUACUGACGCAUAGUUGUUCUUGUUUCUUGAAAUUCUUAAAUGCGUUACCAGUUUGUCAAAUGUAAGCUAUAAAUACAGUUGUGAACUCAGAGCUUGCUGCUGUCUGAACUUGACUGGGGAAAUUAUUUUUUUCUACAUUUUAGACUGUAACUAAGAAUUGUAGUUUCAAGUAAAAAGAUAAUGCCUACUUGUUUGCCACUCCAGAGAAGUGUUUGAAGUUGUCAAUCACCAUUAUCUGAUUUAAAAAAAAGUAAUUUCUAUCUGUAAGUCUGUUCAGGUUAUCCUCAGUUAAAAAAUAAUUUUUAACGAAAGGUAGGAUAGUUACACCUGAGAGAGAAUUGCUUCAAUACUUACGCCUCUUACAAACUGUAGGUUUGUGGAAGUUUAAUCUAGAAAUGCAACAUGGACUAGACAAAGUUAUACUUUUAUGUAGUAAAUCUGCACAAAGCUCCAUCUUCUCAUGCAAAUCUUUCUGUGCCACUGUGAAAGAAAAACAUUUUGCUUUCAUAGUAGAGAAAUGGACACUUCUUAGAAUCACCUUGGAAUAUGAAAUUUUGACUUUGCUGAAGGGGCUGUAAAAUAGUCUCUUUGACUAUUCCUGGCAUAUCUGAAAAGCAACAUUUCUGAUUUUGGAAACUGAAACAGCAUAUGAGGUUUCUGGGUAAUUGAAGGUUUUGGUAUGGCUGAGUGAGGAAGAAAGUUCUUUUGAUUCUGUAUCAUCAACUAAAAAAGCAGCUUUUCAGCUGCCUCAUACCUGAAUGAGUGUAAUUGUUAAUAUUGAUGUUAACUAAAAAUCUUACUGCCUUAGAGCCAAAAUAGAUGAAUCCACAUGGGCGUUAUUGUAUGUAUAUUUGAAAUGCAGCCACAAUGAGGUGGUGAGUGUGACUAAUGCUGUGGGUCAUUUUCAAUGGUCACUGGUUAGCAACAAGGAAAGACCUAAGCACUUUCCCCUUAUCAGCUGUUUUGUUUGAAAUUUAUUUAAUAGAAAUAUUGGUAUGUUGCUUUCCCAUCCUAAUAUCAUCCAGGGCAUUUUUAUAACAAAAAACAAUUUGAAAAAAACUCUUAGUGAAAGUCCUAAAAACUCCAUACCAUUGCCUAUAAAAUAUUUCAAGAGGUGCAGAGUCCAACAGCCAGAUGUUAAGACUAAAGUUGAUAUUAAAUACUUCAAUAAUCAUUACUGUUAUCAUUACAAAACAGCACAGGAAAAUUAAACUGAGUACCAAAAAAAAAAAAAAA